AUGCCCUUCAAAUCGAAAAAGGCGAAUCUUUGGUUCUGUUGUCUUAUUGCUUGCACUUGUAUGGCUGUAAAUGGUUAUGAUUCCUCUACUUUCAACGCAGCGCAGGGAUCAGUUCAUUUCAUGAACUACUUUGGCAAUCCCUCUCCAACUGCUAUCGGUUCGGUCAAUACCGCCAUGGCAGUAUGUGGUAUCAUAGCAGGCGUUUUCUUCUCAGCUCCAAAUUCCGACCGAUUCGGCCGCAGGUCGACUAUGUGGAUUGGUGCCAUAUUUGUCAUCAUCUCAACUUUCAUUUCGACAUUUACACCUCCUGCCAUUGGUGGCUUCAUCGCCAGCCGCGCCAUCACGGGUUUUGGUCAGGGAUUGAUGAUGCCAGCUGGACCGGUUUAUGUCAAUGAAAUAGCGCCGGCUAAUCUCAGAGGUACUAUCAUGAGCUUUUGGCAGCUUUUCUUUGCCGUGGGAUCUUUCGUCGCAUAUUGGAUUAACUACGGGUGCUCUAAAAAUGCCGAGAGUCUCGGAGAUUGGGAUUGGAAGAUUGUUAUGCUCCUUCAAAUCUUUUUCCCUGUUAUCAUUAUAUCGGGACUUUUCUUCUGUCCUGAGACCCCAAGAUGGUAUAUCCAGAAUGACAGAUUUGAAGAGGCUUACCAAGUCCUCCUGGAAGUUCGUGAGAACCCAGAUCUCAUUGACAAAGAGAUGGAGGAGAUACAUCAAGCCAUUUCAUUUGAAAAACGACAGACAAACGGCACUUGGGCCCGAUACAAGUUGCUAUGGACGGAUAAAUCUGUUAGAAAGCGCAUUUUCCUCGCGGCUGGCAUCAAUAUUGGACAACAGCUUACCGGCAACAACUCCCUCGCAACCUACUCUACCAUCAUUUACAAAAAGGUCUUUACUUCGAACAGCCAGAUACAGCUCAUCAACGCUUUGGCUGGAACUUUUAAUAUUCUUUUUACUCUGAAUGCCACAUGGAUGACGGAUUUCUUGGGACGAAGGCCCCUCCUCCUGAUUGGUGUUGCUGGUCUGGCAGUCUGCAUGUUUGCAGUCGCAGCCGUAGUUACCGAAACGCCGACUCUCGAAGAUGGAUCCAAGACUUCCAGCGUGGGUAUCGCGACUGUAUUCUUGAUGUUUUUGUUUGCUUUAUUCUUCAAGCCUUCUUGGGGUGCGACCGUGUGGAUAUGGACUUCGGAGAUCUUUUCCAUGAACGUUCGUGCGCAAGCCGUCGCUAUGACCACUCAGUGCCAGUCUAUCGCAAGUAUCAUCCUACAACAAAUUUUCCCCAUCUUUCUCUCUGACCAGGGAUUCUACGCUAUGUACAUGUUUGGUGCUAUCAAUGUGGUCCUCUUCAUUUUCGUUUGGUUCUGUAUCCCGGAAACCAAGGGUGUGUCUCUGGAGCAUAUGGAUGCCCUGUUUGGUGGCGUAGAUCACACGGAGGUGGGAGUUGUCAUGGUCACUGAGAAAACUGUCGACGAUGGCAAAGCUUCUGUUCAGGUCUUCGAUAUCUCUGAGGUCCCUCGGGCUAAGUCUGGUAGUCCAGUGUGA